AUGACAGCUGCACCAACAUAUACAACAGCUGCACCAACAUCUACUAGAGCUGCACCAACAUAUACUACAGCUGCACCAACAUCUACUACACCUACACCAACAACCACAACAGCUGCACCAACCACCACAACUGCUGCACCAACAACCAUGACAGCUGCACCAACAUAUACAACAGCUGCACCAACAUCUACUACAGCUGCACCAACAUCUACUACAGCUGCACCAACAUAUACUACAGCUGCACCAACAUAUACUACAGCUGCACCAACAUCUACUUCAGCUGCACCAACAACCACAACAGCUGCACCAACAAUCAUGACUGUUGCGCCAACAACCACGACUGCUGCACCAACAACCACUACCGCUGCACCAACAACCACGACAACUGCACCAACAACUACAACAGCUGCACCAACAACCACAACAGCUGCACCAACAACCACAACAGCUGCACCAACCACCACAACUGCUGCACCAACAACCAUGACAGCUGCACAAACAUAUUCAACAGCUGCACCAACAUAUACUACAGCUGCACCAACCUCUACUACAGCUGCACCAACAACCACAACAACUGCACCAACAACCAUGACAUCUACGACAACUGCACCAACAACCACGACAGCUGCACCAACAACAUCUACUACAGCUGCACCAACAACCACAACAACUGCACCAACAACCAUGACAUCUACGCCAACUGUACCAACAACCACGACAUCUGCACCAACAUCCAUGACUGCUGCACCAACAACCAUGACUGCUGCACCAACAACCACUACAGCUGCACCAGCAUCUACUACAGCUGCACCAACAACCACGACAGUUUCACCAACAACCACGCCAGCUGCAACAACAACCACAACAGCUGCACCAACAACCACGACUGCUGCACCAACAACCACAACAACUGCACCAACAACCAUGACUGCUACACCAAUAACCACGACUGCUACACCAACAACCACUACAUCUGCACCAACAACCACUAAAGCUGCACCAACUUCUACGAUAACUGCACCAACAACCACCUGCACCAACAACAACAACAGCUGUACCAAAAACCACAACAGCUGCAACAACAACCACACCAGCUGUACCAACAACCACUUCAGCUGCAACAACAACCACAACCACAACAUCUGCACCAACAACCACGACUGCUGCACCAACAACCACAACAACUGCACCAACAACCAUGACUGCUACACCAAUAACCACGACUGCUACACCAACAACCACUACAGCUGCAGCAACAACCACUACAGCUGCACCAACUUCUACGACAACUGCACCAACAACCACGUCAACUGCAGCAAUGGCCCCUACAGCUGCACCAACAACCACAACAGCUGCACCAACAACCACAACAGCUGCACCAACAACCACAACUGCUCUGCACCAACAACCACAACAGCUGCACCAACAAUCAUGACUGCUGCGCCAACAACCACGACUGCUGCACCAACAACCACUACUGCUGCACCAACAACCACUACUGCUGCACCAACAUAUACUAGAACUGCACCAACAACUACAACAGCUGCACCAACAACCACAACAGCUGCACCAACAACCACGACUGCUGCACCAACAACUACAACAGCUGCACCAACAACCACAACAGCUGCACCAACAACCACGACAACUGCACCAACAACUACAACAGCUGCACCAACAACCACAACAGCUGCACCAACAACCACAACAGCUGUACCAACAACCACAACAGCUGCAACAACAACCACAACAGCUGCACCAACAACCACGACUGCUGCACCAACAACCACAACAACUGCACCAACAACCAUGACUGCUACACCAAUAACCACGACUGCUACACCAACAACCACUACAGCUGCAUCAACAACCACUACAGCUGCACCAACAACCACUACAUCUGCACCAGCUUCUACGACAACUGCACCAACAACCACGUCAACUGCAGCAACGGCCACUACAGCUGCACCAACAACGACAACAGCUGCACCAACAACCACAACAGCUGCACCAACCACCACAACUGCUGCACCAACAACCAUGACAGCUGCACCAACAUAUACAACAGCUGCACCAACAUCUACUACAGCUGCACCAACAUAUACUACAGCUGCACCAACAUCUACUACAGCUGCACCAACAACCACAACAGCUGCACCAACCACCACAACUGCUGCACCAACAACCAUGACAGCUGCACCAACAUAUACAACAGCUGCACCAACAUCUACUACAGCUGCACCAACAACCACAACAGCUGCACCAACAACCACGACAACUGCACCAACAACUACAACAGCUGCACCAACAACCACAACAGCUGCACCAACAACCACGACAGCUGCACCAACAACCACGACAGCUGCACCAACAACCACAACAGCUGCACCAACAACUACGAAAACUGCACCAACAACCACUACAGCUGCACCAACAACAACUCUUAAAACAAGCAUAUCAACAAAUACAACCACAAAAAGUCUAACAACAACCACAAAACAUCCAGCAACCGCAAAACAUCCAGCAACCACAAAACGUCUGGCAACCACAAAACGUCUAACAACAACCACAAAACAUCUAACAACAACCACAAAACGUCUAACAACAACCACAAAACGUCUAACAACCACAAAACAUCUAGCAACCACAAAACGUCUAACAACAACCACAAAACAUCCAGCAACCACAACAACUCCAGUUGUAACCCGCCCUCCACCAACAGUAACUAUAAAUGUUGUGAUAUUACUUACAUUUGUUCCAGAACUCGAAGAACAGCAAAGUGAAGAAUUUCAGAAAAUGGCCAAACGUGUUAUCACGUGGCACAUGGUUAUGUUUUAUUACAGAGGUGUUGUCAGAACUCGAAUGGCAGAAAAUGUGGAAGCGGAGAUUCAGGUAGUGUUCAAUGAAACCUCUCCUCAAACUAUCCCAAGCGACACUCAGGUUGCAGAAGACCUAAAGGCAGCAGCAGCAAAUCAAACCUUCCAACAGAACCUGCCUAUUUAUCCUAACUCCAUUACUCUAACUAAACAAAUGCAGAGAAUCCCUGUAACCUUCUUGACCAAUGGCACCUACGUGCCGGCCCUCUUAGAUUCGACAUCCAAUGAUUUUCUAAUCAGGUCAUCAAUGAUAAAACAAUGGCUUGAACCUUUCUUCAUCACAGAUUAUAAAGCAUCAUUCAGUGUUUUAUAUUUAACCAACUACAGUUCUUAUUCCAAAAAUACUGGUCUAAAAGUGAACAUCCCCACAAUCAAAAAUGGAAUGGAUCUUGCUUUUCCAGCAAAUACAAUUUUACCCAAUGACACACAGAUAGUGAACACUAUGCUCCGAGCCGCCUACAACGAGACAUUACCUUUUAAAAUCUUCACUUAUGAAAUUGUGGUCAAUGGCACAGCGUACUCCUCAGGUGAAGCGAGCAGUCGGACCAGCAUGUUGACGGCUUCACUCCUGGUUGUUUUGUCACUUCUGGUCACGUGGUUUGAUUGAUCAUAGUCUACUACAUGUACGCUGUAAUGAUUCUUAUUUAUUUGCAUGUUAUUUCAUCUUUCUUGUGCUUCUUGAAAAAUUUUAAUUGGGGAAAAGGCUGUGCCUCCCCAGGAUAUUUGUACCUCUCCAAUGCAACACCAAAGCCCCCUGUACAGUCUUUAAGCAACAAUGCCAAGCAUUACAAAACAUCUCGAUGACAUGAAGUGUCUGGCACGAACAAUUUCCAUCUUCAUGAAACCUGCAGAACAGCUCAGAUAUACGACAAACUAUGAAAGGACCCAAUGUCAAAACCAUCUGAGAUAAAACUCCUGAGAUUCACAUUAUCAACUGUACUCUCAGAAUGUUGUGUCAUAAAUAUUCAUCAUGACUACACACUAUAGUAACACAAAAUUAAUUCUCAGUAAGCCCUUACUCCUCUUGUAUGGUAGUUAGUUAGUUAUGUAUGUGUUGUUUGACUUCUCCUUGUAAUCGUGUAAUGGAAGUCUAUAGAACUGAUCCUUUCUGUGUUUAUGAACUUUUUAAAAAUAUCUAUUUACACUGAACUCUGAGGCCCAGGGAAAUGCAAUGAACCCAGGGAUUUUACUUUCUGUUCAU